UUCACGUGAAAAAGAAAAUUUGAAAGACGUCGUAUGUGGUAAAAUGAACUUCAGUGAAGAAGUUUAUCAAAGAAUUCUCGGUAAGUUCUUUGAGAAUCUGCGAGGAACCAUAUGCAUAUUUAUGUUAUUGACAGAUUGCGGAAUGGAUGUAGAAAGUCUGUAUUUCAUCAACGAUGGGGACAUAAAUGAACUUUUCCCUGCAUCAAUGCUCGGAACGAGAGUAAAGUUUAAAGAAAGAGUUGCACGUUGGCGACAGAAUGAAGCUGAUACCAUUUCGUCAAUAGGAUCAUGCAAGAGUUGGAUAAAUUCUAGCCAAGAGUCUCACGACUCGAUAAGAGACAUGGAAGCAAAGAAUUUAAAGUUAAUACUUAAUGCCACUGAAAGAGGUCAAAGCAUCUUUAAACAAUAUAGAGAAAAGACCGUGCUGUCAGAUGUUAGUCGUGACAUUUUGGUAAAUACCAUUGUUGACCACUUCUCAGCGCGAUCAGUGCCUAUGACAAUGAAAGAUAUCAUCACCUUUUCUGAGCAAAUAACAAUUUUAUUUCCCAACGAAGACAUGCGCUAUUACUGCAACCGUCGAAAUGGCAAAAAUCCAACAGGCAAACUUUAUGAUAAGGCAACAAACAUCCGAAGGAAAAUAAAAAAAGAAACAGGAGCACUAAGCGUUGCACCUAAAUGUCAACCCACUCAAUCAAGUUUGUCGGAGCAGGCGAGCAAUACAGAUGAAAAUGACUUAGCCAUGAAAAAUUUGCUUUGUCAUAAUGUAGAGCCUUGGGGCGAUGUUGUAGAAAAAUGGACGAACACAGUCAAAUUAAGAACCGCAGAGAUUUUAAAUGAACACGCAAAUAUUUUAACUAAUUGGCCGCUGCUGAAACACAGUCUUGGAUACACUUUGGUUGAAAUUGAUUUUGAAGCGAAAUUUCCCAACUGUUCGCAGAAUUUGCUAAACGAAUGGCCAAAAUUUAGAAAGUCAAUUAUACCUUACAUGAAGACAAAAAUAAGAGAUGCAACAUCCAUUGUUAUGCUAAAAAAAAUUGACGAAAACAUCAGUACUGACUCAAUGGAUUGUUUAUUGACACUGCUUUUGCAUGCGAUACUUAAACCGUCAUUAAUUUCCGUUGGACAAACUUCUGGUGAAAAACGGUUUAAAUGGAAGCCAUCAAUAUGUGAUGCGCAAGCAGUGACAUUGCUGCAUUGCAGCAGCAUAAACGAUUAUCAGAGGAU